UUGGCAAACUACAGUAUAUCUAUAUAUCCACUAAUAGUAGUCAUCAUAAUAUUUAUGACGAUUAUUGGAAAUUCUUUGGUAGUAAUCGCGGUAUUCAGUUAUCGACCUUUAAGAAAAGUGCAAAAUUAUUUAUUGGUCUCAUUAGCAGCUUCAGAUUUAUGUGUGGCGACAUUUGUUAUGCCUUUACAUGUUGUUCAAUUUCUUGCUGGUGGUCGAUGGCUUCUUGGCAUGGUUAUUUGCCAUUUUUUCACAACAGCCGAUAUAUUUUUAUGUACUUCUUCCAUUUUAAAUUUAUGUGCUAUAGCCUUAGACAGGUAUUGGGCUAUCCAUGAUCCACUGAAUUAUGCGCAAAAAAGGACCCUCAGAUUUGUUUGUAUAAUUAUUGCAAUAGUAUGGCUCGCAAGUGGUUGUAUAUCGGUACCUCCAUUAAUUGGUUGGAAUGACUGGUCAGGAGAAAGUCUCAAGACUCACUGCCAAUUGACAACAGAAAAAGCUUUUAUUAUUUUUUCAGCCAGUGGUUCUUUUUUCGUACCUUUGAUUCUGAUGAUUAUUGUUUAUGUGAAGAUUUUCUUAGCUGCAAGGCAACGAAUAAGAACCAACCGAGUCUUAAAGGAAAUCGUUGAAUGUGGUAUAAUUCUGUCGCUUUACCAACCUGCAACAUUUUUGCAAAAAAGGGAAAAAAUUAGCGUAGCAAAAGAAAAAAGAGCUGCGAAGACCAUCGCUGUGAUUAUUUUUGUUUUUUCGUUUUGUUGGUUACCGUUCUUUUCGGCCUAUGUCAUACUUCCGUUUUGUGAAACGUGUAGCUUACAUCCUAAGGUACAACAAGCGUUUGUGUGGCUAGGUUAUAUAAAUUCAUCGCUUAAUCCGGUUUUGUAUGGAAUAUUAAACAUCGAAUUCAGGAGAGGAUUCAAAAAAAUUCUCUGCUCGCGAAGUAUUCCAGGGCAUUGA